AUGUCUUCAAAACCGCUACCAAACUCUCCGGCUUCCGAUGGCGCGCAUCGCUACGCCCACAUCAACGUGAACAAGCCCUCCUCUUACUGGGACUACGACUCUCUGCGCGUGCAGUGGAAUAGCCCUGACCGUUAUGAGGUGGUGCAGAAGAUCGGCCGUGGCAAAUACAGCGACGUCUUCCUUGGCGUAGACACCAAAGUACCGCGUCAGGUGGUGAUCAAGGUGCUGAAGCCAGUCAAGAAAAAGAAGAUUCUGCGUGAGUUGAUGGUGCUGCAGACACUCAAAGGCGGUCCGAAUAUCGUUGAACUCUUCGAUGUUGUGCGGGAGCCUAAUAGCAAAACCCCGUCCUUUGUCUUUGAGUACGUGAAGUCGUGCGACUUUCGCACCGUUUUCCCUACCCUCACCGAUCUAGAGGUGCGCAGCUAUAUUUUCCAGGUUAUCAUGGCCCUCGAAUACGCUCACUCUCACGGCAUCAUGCACCGUGAUGUGAAACCAAACAACGUGUGCCUAGACUUCAAGACAGGGAAGCUGAAGCUGAUUGACUGGGGGCUUGCUGAGUUCUACCAUCCUGCUACGUCCUAUAAUGCUCGCGUCGCAUCCCGCUACUUUAAGGGGCCGGAGCUGCUCGUAGAAUUACCCAUGUACGACUACCGCCUGGACAUGUGGUCACUGGGAUGCAUGUUAGCCGCCAUGAUCUUUAUUCGUGAGCCAUUCUUCCGCGGGAAGGACAACACGGAUCAGCUGGUGCGCAUCGUAAAGGUGCUCGGCACGGACGAUCUGCAAGUGUACCUGAAGAAAUACAACGCGAGUUUACCUCCUGUGCUCGAGGCGACGUUAGGCUACCACGCGAAGAAGCCGUGGCAGAGCUUUGUGAAUGGGCAAAAUGAGCACCUAUGCCCACCUGAUGCACUCUCAUUUUUAGACAAGCUGCUUCAGUAUGAUCACAUGAAACGAAUUCAAGCGACAGAAGCGCUGAUGGACCCGUACUUUGAUCCGGUCCGACCCAAAGAAUUUACGAUAGACGGAAUCACCACAGCGGCUGAGAGCGGAGGUGGCAGCGCAAGUAUACGUGACGAAGAGAGUGAGCACGAAAAGAAGGCACCAAGGAUGGAGUCGUGA